GCACAACGCACAGCAACAGGGUCGGGAUUAGACGAAGCAGCACACUCCGGACGCGACCCCGGAGUCAGGGCGCUGAAACAUAGAGUUCCGCGCAGUUAGUCCCUGCGCGCGCGAGGACUGAGAGACUGAGUCGCCUCUCAUUUUGACUCCUCUGUUGAAGCAAUAGGGCUGUAGUCUCGCGAGAUCUCGUGAAUCUACAAAAAAGCGCUGCUACAAAAAGCAAAUAGCACUGCUUAGGCAGGUAACGCGCCUGCACACACCAGCCGAGUUAGAUAAUGCGACAAGAUCAUCUGCUAAAUUCUAGGGUAAGGAACAUCGGACCUAGGCACGCUCAAGCAUUCUACCUUACGCGUUCAGCGUGGUAUCAAGCUUGCACGCAACACUGAAAAUUUUUUUCCCCGCGUAGUCGUUAUUUGAUGUGUGUUGGAGACAGCAGCGCGGCUAAAAUAUCGACCUGCUUUUGUUUGUAACACACGCUACUUGAGGUUGCCUCGUGCAUCCUCGUAUGUGAUCCGGUUACAGACUUUUAUAGCCUAAAUAUUCUCGACUUACAUGCUAUUUUCGAAGCAAUAUCGCACUAAGGUCAUUAGAAAGUUAGUCACGUCUCGAGUGCGUUUUGCGUGUUGUAUAAGCUUUUACUUGAUCGAGAGUUUAUGGCUGUACCAGUUCGAACUCAGCGCGACUAGCUUCGAGGCUAGCGCACAAGUUCUUCCGAACCCCGCAUAGACUCUCCUAGAAAACAUUUGAGGUUUGUCAGAAAGCAGAAAAAAGCAAUUCACUAACUCGAAACAGCGACCUCGCGGUGUUUGCACUUGUUCGAAUUUGGUAGUUGAUCUAGUUCUUUAUUCGUCGGGCUGGUUUGGUUUGGCAGAAUAAACACCCCAGAGGGCCCUGCACGACCUUAGUUUCAGUUAAUUAUAGGUGUAGUAAACUGAUACAAAUAGGUAGCUUAGUGGGCAUGUGCUCCUGCCCGGAUCGGCGUCCACGCUGGCAUCUGGUAGUCGCGUGCCUGUGGUGCAUAGCGUUGCGUCGUUCCCUGCCCCGUUCUAGCGAGCCACAUGAGAAGAGGCCACCGCCGACCGCCACCCAGUGAAGUGAAGUGAAUAAAUUGUAAAUUGUAAUUGUAC